AUGUGGCAUAGUGUGUUCCAGGCAGAAGCCUUGGUCAUCCUCAACGCCACCAACGACAUACUAAGUAACGGCUACCACCAAGCAUGCAUCUGUACAGACAGCCAAUCUUCACUCCUGGCGAUUCAAAACUUAAGCCACACCUCCCCAAUUAUCUCCGAAAUUCAAAAGCUACUCUGUGUAAACCACCAGCAACGCAUUCACCUCACCUGGGUCAAGGCGCAUGCUGGUCUAGUUGGAAACGAGGCAGUAGACACCCUAGCCAAAGAAGCCGCCAUCAGUUCUGAAGUUCAGCAAAUCCGUAUCCGUGCAACACCAUCGCAUCUAAAGAGGUUUCUCAAAGAAGACCUACUCAAAAUAUGGCAAGAGGAAUGGAACGCGUGUGACACCGGACGACGGACCUACAAUCUCCUACCCAAAGUCUCUCUAUCACGCCUCAUAGCUAUACCCCAACUCACCCGGUUCAUAACGGGACAUGGCCCCUAUCCAGCGUAUUAUUAUAGGCACAUCUCCACUACAGAUGCUUGCGUGUGCGGCCAACUUGGAUCACCAGACCACUAUAUCUACUCUUGCCCACUCACAGCAGACAACCACAUUAAGCAUCCCACUCCUCCUACAGACGCCUUUCAACGGUUCAUUAUUAAAAACAAACCUGCAAUCAAUAAAAUCUGUAAGGUCAUUGACCAGUUCGCCGCUAUGGGUUAA